CCAUCCACAACUACGAUUAGUUUGCGUUUUCAAAACUUUAAUCAUGAGUUUACACAAAAGUUACAUAACGCUUAAACUUGAAUCAUUACAACUUAAUUAUUCGAGCUUGUGGCAACUCUUCAGAUGCAGACAUUUAAGUUGAAUUUUAGAAUCAUGGAUGUAUGAAUUUUAUUUUAACCCGGUGUUUGCAGGUCAACUUGUUGUUCAAAGUUUCAACAUGCGGACUGUUGAAGGCAAAGUUGUAGUUUUGGGAUCUCAAGGAGUUGGAAAGACAAGCUUGGUUGUACGUUACAUAGGUAAAAUGUUCAGUCAUCACAUUAGUCCCACAAUUGGGGCUUCAUUCUUCACAUGCAACAUUAACGUUGAUGACACAAGAGUUAAACUACAGGUAUGGGAUACAGCUGGACAAGAAAGAUUUCGCUCGAUGGUUCCAAUGUAUUAUCGCAAUGCAAAUGCAGCAUUGCUUGUAUUUGACAUUACUCAGUAUUUCACUUUCAACAGCAUUAAAAAAUGGGUGUCAGAGUUGGAGAGAAAUGUCGAUGAACCAAUGGUUUAUUGCAUUGUUGGUAACAAAACUGAUUUGGGAACGCAUCGGAAGGUUUCCAGAGAAGAAGCUCAGCAGUAUGCCAACGAUAUUGGAGGAAAGUAUUUCGAAUCUUCUGCCCUCCAUGACGAAGGAAUCGAGGAUGUUUUCGUGAACACUGCUAUGGAGCUGAUUUCAUUGAGUAAAGAUCCUCUCACCAGGAGCCUACGAAUUUAUGAUUCAGUGGAGAGUACUCUGCGAUCACCUUCUCUGGUACACUAUGACCCCAACGAUACUUCGGCGGAAAUCGGUCAACAACAGAAUAGCAAGCAGUGUUGCUAGCUCGGCUCUUCUGUAAGGCAGGACAAAUUUUCAUCAUUUUUUGUAUAUACUGUGUUUUUAAUUUCCUAUUUAGAUUUAUUUGUGAUAAUCUAUCUCUUCAGUUGACUGUCAAUCUAAAUAGCUUUCCAAUGCUGGAUUCUCUAACCAAAUUCAACCUUAAUAGAUGAUAGAAGACACUUGGUCAUCCUUUUACUGCAAGGUUUCCUUUAAUUUUGUAUUUCGCACCUCGGGAGGAAGACUGUUCCAACUCAAAAAAGUCGUUUAUUCAGGAGAGCAGUUUUAAAGUUUUCAUAGGUAUUCAAACUUUAUUUUCCGCUCUUAGAAUCACUCAAUGUCUCUUAUUCCAACUGUUUUAGUUUACUUAUUACUUCUUAAAAGUGGCCUGUAUUUAUGUUUUUAUUCAUAAUAUGUCUAAAUUGGAAUGGAAGACUGUUCUAAUCGUUAUGGCACAGUCUUCCUGUAAAUGAUUGCAUCGGUUUUCAAAAGAGGAAUACUAAACAUUCCGUGAUAUAUAAAAUAAUUGGAACGAGUUUUGACUUGGAACAGUCUUCCACCGAAUAAAGUGCAUAGAAACCAACUAAAAUACACCCUUAGCUCAAAAUUGAUAAUUUUCGAGUUGGAAGAGUUUUCCUCCCCUAAGGUGCGAUUUCCUUUUCCGGUAAUGCUCAGAUGAGCUAAAGUAAAAGUUGAUAUUGGUUAGUGGAAUCCUACACAUGAAAUCGUUUUGUAGAAUAUGUUUAAGUUCAGAUGAAAAAUCAAUCUUAUUAUAUGAAGCCAUGAUUUAUUUCCAUAUUCAUGGGUUAAAGUGACUGUUUAAUUUUCAAGUAAUUUAUCCACCCAAUAUUAAAUAGGGCUACGAGUAAUGGGAUUCCUCCCAUCUAUUUGUGACUUAAAUUUAAUUUUAAUUAAAAAUUAAAGGUAUUAAAACAUGAUUCAAUUUGAAUUGAAUGAUGUGAUGAUGGCCAGACUUAUCAGCUGCCUCCCAUUUUUUAUUGCGUUCUAAGGCAUCUUAGAAAGUUGAAAAAAGGGUUACUAGUGAUGGGAUCACUUCCUUUCUUGUCCUUUAAAUGUGCUUUUGAUCUUCUUUUUCUACCUACCAUUAUUUUACAAAAUCAAUUUUUGAAAUCCCUAAUCUGUUGCUCAUUGCACUGAUUGGAAGUGAACUAGAAUGGAAGCAUUUGAGUCAGAGCAGAAACCAGCCAAGCGCUGUUGCUUUAAAAUAUCAAAAUAGAAUUUGAAACUGAGAAUUUCAUUUCUUUGACCAUUUAUGACAUUGAUAAUGUCAUGUAAUAUUUUCCCAUCCUUUCCAUGACUAAGCUAUUUGUUGACUAAACUACAUUUUGUUAAUUUGGUUAGGUUAGCUUUGCAAGAUGACCAAUCAUCUUUAUAGGACUUGUGUAGCUCAUACUUCAAAUCAGAAUUAUUUAACACUAUCAAGAUGAUGAAUCAUCUGUGAUAUUUACUUUAAAAUUUCCGCUUCUCGAAAGACGACCGAGUACUCCAUCUUCAAAUCGUGUUAUCUCCUUGGUAUCUAAAAAACACAUUCGCCUCGUUAUCGUUACCUAGUAGCAUAACUUGCGAAUUUUUGUUGCCCAAAUUCUGUUUCCGACCUGUCUCGUUAUAUUCUGGAUUCGCACAUACCAGUGACAGUGAACAGCGAAAAUGUAAUUCCCAUAAGUUCUAAUGUUAUUAUUAUAUUCACUCGGCCGGGCUGAGAGGCAAUAGUUCAAUUAUAACUCAUGGGCCUUAUAUUAUCACUGUUCACUUUCACUGUUGUGUCGUUUCGGCUAUCCUGUCUGGCAAUUGUUUAAUUUCCAUUAAAAGAAUAUAUUCUACAUUUCUACCGGUAGGGUAGCAUAACAUUCAAAUUCCAAAUAAUCUUUAUUCUCACAAGAAAAAAAUAUACAGCAGCAGAGACAAUAUAUGCAUAAUGAAUAUUCCCCACAAAGACAAGUCUGGGUGUGGGGAAUGAGUUCUGUGAACUGCAUUACAUUAACAAUAACAGUUGAAGAUUCACAAUGAAUAAUAAAACAAAAGAAUAAGUAUAAGGUACUGUAGAGUAAAUAAAAUGAAAAAGGAUGUUGAGAGCACUUGAUGCUGUUAACCCUAAAUUUCUGUAGUAUUAAAAAAAAAUAUAUAUAUAUAUAUAUAGACAUAGCACAUAACGGAAAACACUUUAAAGUUUUAUA